UGCGAGAAACAAGCCUUCUGGAAAUUAAAGAAGAUGCCGAACUGGAUCCAGAGGAGAACAGCACUGUCUUCAUGGGCAUACUCAUCAAAGGGCUGGCCAAGCUGAAAAAAAUCCCUGAAACGGUGAAAGCCAUCCAGGAUCGCUUAGAACAGGAGCUCAAGCAGAUUGUAAAGCGGUCCACAACCCAGGUGGCAGACAAUGGUUACCAGAGAGGGGAGAAUCUUUCCCAGGAAAAUCAGCCUAGGUUACUGCUGGAACUGCUGGAGCUUCUCUUUGACAAGUUCAACGCUGUGGCUGCUGCACACUCUGUUGUCCUCGGACACCUUCAGCAAACAGUGGCCUCUCCUUGCAGCCAGUAUGAUGGUGAUAUCAAGCUGUAUGACAUGGUUGAUGUGUGGGUGAAGAUCCAAGAUGUCUUGCAGAUGCUGCUGACAGAAUAUCUGGAUAUGAAGAACACCCGCACUGCCUCGGAGCCGUCCACCCAGCUUAGCUAUGCCAGCUCUGGGAGAGAAUUUGCAGCGUUCUUUGCAAAGAAGAAACCGCAAAGACCUAAAAACUCUUUGUUCAAGUAAGUGCUGGGAUGAUCGUUUGAGUCCUCCUCCCAUGCCAUUAGCAUGAGUGCCUAUUUGCGUGAGCAGAGAAGGGAACUGUACAGCAGAAGUGGAGAACUUCAAG